AUGAAUUGGAAAUUUAUUUUAAUUUAUUUAAUUUUCUAUUUAAAUAUUUCCAUUUCUGUACAUAUCCCAACAAUUCUUGAUCAUUUGUCUUCUACAAAUGCUAAAGAAUUUAUUCAAAAAAUGGAAAUUGAAUUUAAAAAUCCAUUAAACGUCCCAAUUGUUUUUCGAUUCCGAAUUGCUCUUUUCUUAUGUAUUUGGAAAAAAUCUAGUACUGUAAAAUUCAGUCUCUUGCGUCAUAUAGUGACUAAUGCGCGAACGGCAUUAAUUGACAAAGAGGACAAAGGGGAUCUUUCAGGAAAAAUUCUGAACAAUAUUAACCUUUAUACGAAUUAUAAAAAAUUAAAUGCUAAAAGUCAGCAAGUAAAUGAAUUAACAGAAUUUAGAUUGCUAAAAAUUAUUGAAGGGUUAUUGAGCCAGUUGGUCCCAAUUGACGAGGAAAAUGAGUUGCCCUGGGAGCAAUCAAAAGAUAAGGCUUUACAUUUGAUGAGAAUAAUUAAAGAUUUGGAAUAUGGUAAAUAUGGUGAAAGAAAAUUUAAAACUACGGUUACAAAAAAAUUGCGGGAAUUUUAG